GUCCCGGACUGCCACGACGCCUACCGGCUAGUUUGCGCGUACAAUCGCAUUAAUCUGAACCACUGAAAGCUCCGUGCAGCCACCAAUACCCUAAAUUUGCAUCCGUCAUCACUAGCGACUGCUCCAACAUGCCUCCCGCUCUCAGCGACCACGAAUCCUCUGAUGCCGAAAGCGUACCCGCCAAGGGAAGGGGAAGGGGCAAGCAGUCACAGGCUGGGCCGGAGCCGGUAGAUGACGAGGACGAGGAUGACAGUGAAGUUGGGGAGGACGAAUAUGUCGUCGAGGCAAUCCACGGUCAUCGGUUCCAAAAGGGCGUCCUCCAAUUCGAUGUAAAAUGGGAAGGUUAUGACGACCCCAGUGACAGAACCUGGGAGACAGAAGAGAACAUGGAGGGUGCGAGUGACGUCUUGAAGGAGUACUUCGCAAAGAUUGGCGGGCGUCCAGAGCCCAAGGGUCGAAAACGGAAGGGACGACGAUCGAUUGCAGGCCCCAAAUCAGUCUCGGGCACUUCCACAACUAGUGUCAAGCGGGCAAAGCAAGAUAAGCUUGCAAAAGCAGAACCCCAAUGGACCCCACCCCCAGGCUCAUGGGAGCACGACGUCAGUCACAUUGACACGGUCGAGGAGAAGGCCGAUCCCAAGACGGGUGAACUUGGCAGAUUCGCCUACAUCGUAUGGCUCAACCAGCAAAAGACGCUACAUCCCCUCAAGCACGUUUAUCAGAAAUGCCCACAAAAGAUGUUGGAAUACUACGAAAGCCACCUAGUCUUUACGAACAACGUCGACGAAACACUAAAUGGUGAUGAAGGCGACGACGUUAUAAUGAAAGGCCACUAAUUCUGUUCAAGGUGACGACUAGAAUGCGCGACCGAUCCUGAGGCUGGGACCGAGCAACACCCCUCGCCCACAAGUCCAGAUUGCCCCGCAAAUGCGCCUCGAGGACAUGAUACCACGUCCAAUCAUGGAACCUUUUACACCUCCAGAAAUGAACUCACCGAGAGAACUCAAAUCCCCGACCAUGGAACCUUUUACACCCCCAGAAAGGGAUUCGCCACCAGAAUCCAAAAUAUAGCGUCUUUCUUAGCUUCCAAACUCAUCUUCGUCCCUCAUGGUUUUCCUAUCUGAAGAGGAAUAUGACCCCGAGAACGUCUUGAUCUACAUCUUCAUAUUGUUUUACCUCGGUAUGGCGUAUACUGGGCUGGUGUCAUACGCUAGUUUGUUUGUAUAGGAAUGGGGGGAGGUCCUCUAGGCAUUGGAUAAAACGGAGUUUUGGAAGGGUUCUUUGGACAUUCUUCUGCCUUGUACAGUAUAUCAGUUACCACCCAUUUCACACCACCUAUUCUUAUAUUUUUCUUG